AUGUUCAAGUUCGCAUUGGCCCUGACGCUCUGCCUGGCGGGCAGCCUUUCGCUGGCCCAGCACAAUCCCCACUGGUGGGGCAACCGCAACACCAUUGUCCACCUGUUCGAGUGGAAGUGGUCGGACAUCGCCGAGGAGUGCGAGAGGUUCCUGGGACCGCGCGGCUUCGCGGGGGUGCAAGUGAGCCCCGCGAACGAGAACAUCAUUGCCGCGGGUCGGCCUUGGUGGGAGAGGUACCAGCCCAUCUCCUACAAGCUGACCACACGCUCAGGAAAUGAGGAGGAGUUCGGCGACAUGGUGCGCCGCUGCAACGAAGUGGGUGUGCGCAUCUACGUGGACGUGCUCCUGAACCACAUGUCCGGCGACUUCGAGGGCGUGGCCGUGGGCACGGGCGGUUCAGAGGCGGAGCCCAGCAAGAAGUCCUUCCCAGGGGUUCCAUUCACCGCCCAGGACUUCCACCCCAGCUGCGAGAUCACCGACUGGAACGACCGCUUCCAGGUGCAGCAGUGCGAGUUGGUGGGCCUCAAGGAUCUCGACCAGAGCAGUGACUGGGUGAGGAGCAAGCUGAUCGAGUUCCUGGACCACCUCAUCGAACUGGGUGUCGCCGGGUUCCGAGUGGAUGCCGCCAAGCACAUGGCUUCGGAGGAUCUGGAGUACAUCUACGGCAGCCUGAGCAACCUGAACAUCGAGCACGGCUUCCCCCACAACUCGCGUCCCUUCAUCUUCCAGGAGGUCAUCGACCAUGGCCACGAGACCGUGUCCCGCGACGAGUACAAGAAUCUGGGUGCCGUGACCGAGUUCCGGUUCUCUGAGGAGAUCGGCAACGCCUUCCGCGGCAACAACGCCCUCAAGUGGCUGCAGAGCUGGGGCACCGGCUGGGGAUUCCUGCCCUCUGAGCAGGCCCUGACCUUCGUGGACAACCACGACAACCAGCGGGAUGCGGGCGCUGUGCUGAACUACAAGACCCCCCGGCAGUACAAGAUGGCCACCGCCUUCCACCUGGCCUACCCCUACGGCGUCAGCCGGGUGAUGAGCUCCUUCGCCUUCGACGACCAUGACACUCCGCCGCCGCAGGACGCGCAGGAGAGGAUCAUCUCGCCCGAGUUCGACCAGGAUGGAGCCUGCGUGAACGGGUGGAUCUGCGAGCACCGCUGGCGCCAGAUCUACGCGAUGGUGGGCUUCAAGAACGCCGUGCGCGACACGGAGCUGGCCGAGUGGUGGGACAACGGCGACAGCCAGAUCUCCUUCUGUCGCGGCAACAAGGGCUUCCUGGCCGUCAACAACAACCUGUACGACCUGUCCCAGGAGCUGAACACCUGCCUGCCGGCCGGGUUAUACUGCGAUGUGAUCUCAGGCAGCCUCAUCGACGGUUCCUGCACCGGCAAGUCCGUCACGGUGGACGACAGGGGAUACGGCUACAUCCACAUCGGAGCCGAGGACUUCGAUGGUGUGCUGGCCCUGCAUGUGGAGGCCAAAGUUUGAAUUAAGGUAACACAGAAAUCUGGGCUUUAUUUUGUCUCAAAUUACAAUAAAAACGAACGCACAUAAUGUA